UUGAACGUGACAUUCAGUUUUCAAUAAAUCACCGAAGUAGGAGGAUCAGUGAAUUAUUUUGUCGCAAAGUGUAAAGUGUCCGAAAUAACAAAGAAAAUCGAAAUUGAAGCAACAGUCUAAUUAUGAUACAAAUUAUAAAAUCGAGCUUGGUGUCCACUUUAAGUUCUCUGGUAAAAUCUUCCAUCGUUCAAAAUCUACGAUUGGUGGGACCAGCUGCUUUUACCACUGCCAAAAGGAAUUUUUACAAAAAUCCCAUUGUUUGGAAGAGAUACGCGGUCAAUGAUCACGAUGAGUUUGAUGAACUGGUCAUCAAUAGUGGUCAUCCCGUAAUUGUCGACUUUCAUGCCGAAUGGUGUGAACCAUGCCAUACCCUAACACCACUCCUAAAUGCUUUGACUGAAAAAUCCAAUCACAUUGAUUUGGCCAUAGUGGACGUGGAACAGAACAGAGAUUUGGUCGAAACAUUCGAUGUUAAGGCAGUGCCUGCUGUAUUGGCCUUCUAUAACGGUGUCAUUGUGGACAAAUUCAUUGGAUUGGUCGAUGAAAAACGUUUGGAGGCUUUGAUUAAAAAAUUGAAGUUAAAAAAUCGCGAAAGUUGUUCAAUGCCGGCAUAAUUAAAUUUAAGAUUUUUUCGCCCAAUAUUCUAAUAUUUUUUAUAUUUCAAUAUUUCCCUUCAAGACAUGUAUUCUUAUUCUGCUGCUACUUCUAAUUUUAAAAUAAAAAUUAAAAUAAUAAAAAAAUUAAAA